CUCCCAGCCCUCCUCUCCGGAGGAGGAGCGGGCGGUGGGUGGGAAGAUGGCGGCGGCGGCGGGCCCGGCGCAGCCCUGGAGCGCCGAGGAGCUGCGGAGCGAGGCGCUGGCCAAGAAGGAGAUCAUCAAAUUCCUGCAGGAGCACGCGGCGCAGGCGUUCCUGGCGGAGCACAAGCUGCUGGGGCAGGUGAAGAACGUGGCCAAGACGGCGAAUAAGGAGCAGCUGAUCGCGGCUUACACGCAGCUCUUCCACACGCAGCGCUUCAAGGGCACGGACGGCGCCGAGAAGGCGGCGGAGAAGGCGAAGCCGGCCAAGGCGGAGGAGGCCAAGGGGAAGGCGGUGAAGGCUGAGGAGGCUGUGGACGAGGGGCCACCAAAGUACACAAAAUCCAUUUUAAAGAAGGGCGAUAAAACCAACUUCCCAAAGAAAGGAGACACCGUCCACUGCUGGUACACGGGAAAGCUGCAGGACGGGACAGUCUUUGACACCAACAUUCAAUCAAGUUCAAAGAAGAAAAAAGCAGCCAAGCCCUUGAGUUUCAAAGUUGGCGUAGGAAAAGUGAUCCGAGGUUGGGACGAGGCCCUGCUGACCAUGAGCAAAGGAGAGAAGGCCCAGCUUGAGAUCGAGCCCGAGUGGGCCUACGGCAAGAAGGGGCAGCCCGAGGCCAAGAUCCCACCAAACGCCAAACUCUUCUUUGAGGUGGAGCUGGUGGAUAUUGAAUGAGGAGUUCCCUGUGCUGCUGGGGACCCGUUUCUGCCGGGGAGCUUCCUGCCAGCGUUGCUGUAAUCCUGGCCCCGGUUACAGCGGCGCUCUGUGGAGAUGAGUGCUGAGUGUUGUCCUGCCCCGCUGCUGUAGUGACAGCCCCACCACUAAAGCAGAGUUUGUACCUCC